UUUUUUUUUUUUUUUAAUUUUUACGCGCUUGCGCUCACGCGUACGUCAAAGUUAUUUACGCCUUUAACCAAUUCCCGUCUAGUCACAAAAUUGUUUCCGAUGUGGAAGUCACGUAUCUCAAAAGUUUUCCUUAUUCCUAGCGUUUGCAUCUAAAAGGCAGUUAGCACUGACUGUAAAUUGAAUUUUAUAAUGCUCUUUUGCGUUUGUUUUAUCGAAGGAACGUUUACGUGUGUCAGACAGAUUUAGUUGAUUAAUGGGUGCUGCGCACACGACUAAAAUGGACAAUUCUCAACGUUCAGACAGUCGAGAAAAUACAGAUGAACAGCCGCGCGUGAACAGCAGCACGAGGCCACUAUCAAUUGAAGGACCAUCGAAUGUGAAUAAUGCCCAUCCGCAAGUAUUUGAACCGUUACCAAAUCAACCUAGGCAACCAACAAAUUUACAAGGAUUACUUAGAUUUGCCAUGGAAGCGACCAAUUCUCAGAACGUAGCCAGUAAUACUCAGUUUCAAUCUUUGGAUGAAGAAAGACGAGAAUUUUUGAAGCAGACACUUAGCUCUUUGUCGUGUAACGUAAUCGAAGAAUUACAGAGAACUAUCAAACUUUUGUCAAACGUAAUUGAUCUUCGACCAGAUGACGAUACAUCAGAACAUGAAUCGGCAUUGGAAAGAAUUGCAGAUUUUGUAGAUAAUAUAGACAUUGCUAAUGACUUUUAUAAGAUAGGAGGUUUUUCUAUAUUUGGUCCAUGCUUGAACUCUCCUCACAGCAGCAUUAGAUGGAGAGCAGCAGAUUUAAUCGCAGAACUAGCUCAAAAUAAUCCCUUUUGCCAAGAAAAGUUUUUAGAAACUGGCUUGUUUCCUACGUUAUUGAAUAUGAUAGACACAGAUCCAGCAGAAUCUGUUAGAAUCAAAGCUUUAUAUGCUGUUUCUUGUAAGUAUGAAACUUUUACUCAAAUAGCAGGCACAUUUAUUUGUUCUAUCCAUACUCACAUAUCCAUACUCACGUUCAUUUAUAACAAAUACGACACAGGCAUAGUUCGAGAGCAUCCAAUAUCUUUGACAUACAUGGAUUUAAACGAUGGAUAUUCUGUCCUGUUAAGAGCUAUACAGAGCCCAAUAAAAAAACUACAAAUCAAAUCUGCGUUUCUCUUGUCAUCUCUGUGUAACAAGGAGAAUGUAAAUAAUUUGAAAUUAAGCUUAGUAAAUAUGGGCUUGAUCGAGCAAGCAACAGGUUUGUUGGCCAUCGGUGAUUUGCUUCCAGAGAUAAGGGAUCAACUACUCAAUAUUCUUGAUGGUCUGACCAAUGAUGAUUUCAUUCCUGCUUUAAAAGAAUGUCGACGAUCAGAACUUGGCUUGCAAUCCACGCUGGAGCGUUACAUCAGGGAUUUAAAACAAGAAGAAAAUUUCGAUCAGAUAGAUGUAUGCUAUCGGCUAUUGAAGAAAGUUUUCUCUGAUCAAGAUACAAAUCAAGAAAGAUAAUCGUAGUUUUGUAAUAACGCCGGAUUUCCUUUAUGUGUAUUGAAUUUGUAUAUUACAAAAUAUUAUGAAAUUCAUAAAUAAAAUAAAUGUAUUUUGUUUAUAGUA